AUGGAUAACACAGGGGUUUGCAGCAAAAGCCGUAAUACCAUAAAGACAGAUCUCACUUUGCUGCUCGAGUGUCUGAAGUUUCAGAUGAAAUGUCCCGAUUUGCAGAAACAAGCUCUUCUCACCAUUCACUCAAUCUGUGAAAGGAGAGAGGAUAAUGUGGACCUGCUGAGGGAAAUGGGAGGUGUGUCAUUUGUGUAUAACCUCUCCAAAUCCAGCAUUGUUCGCUCAGAUGUCAAGGAGACUGCACUCUUUACGCUAGGCACGUUAGCAGAGGCCAAUGUGUAUUGCAAGAAUUAUCUCUGCAGGAAGGAGACAUUUGCAGACCUUGCUGGUUUGCUGCUGAAAGAAGACAUCCCGCUGACACAGAAGAGAGUGUCUGUGUACUUGCUGUCUGUGUUGGUCGCCAACAAUAAAUCAGGACAGACUUUAGGCCAAACUACUGGCUGCCUGGAUAUCCUACUGGACCUCUUCAGGACCACUUCCCCUCUGUCUACAGAGGCUACCGUGAGAGCAGCUAAUGCUACUCAAACCUACCAGCUUUGGGCAUCUGUGUCCAGUGCUCUCUGUGGAUGUGUCAACAACCCUCAAAAUGAGGAGGGUCAGCGUAUUUGUGUGGCAGCCUUUGCCGUGAUAAAAGUCUGGCUUCAGCAGAUCGAUUUGACACGCACUGACAUUUUUCAACCCAUGUGUUCCUUCAUAGCAAUGACGGUUUCCAACAACUCCUGUGUUCAGGAGAGUUUCUCUGCCUCCGGGUGUCUGGAUACUCUCGCUCUUGCACUGGUUCGUCUAGCUUCAGCAGCAGAUACAAGCUUGAUGUCGUGCCAGCUCUCUGUCACUGUAUCCAAGACCCUGUCAGCUUGCAUCACAGAAAACUCUUCUCUGGCUUCGGGUCUUUCUCAGUAUGGUGUGGUUUCCCACCUCUUCUCCCUGCUGGCUAGCCCACACUUGGACCCUGAGGACAGGCUCUCUGUUUUACUCACUCUGGGCCACUGCACUCAGGCCUCUGAGGAGCACCAGUCCCAGUUGGUGCAGUGUGGAGGCCUGCCCCUCAUCAUCACCCUACUCACAGAAGAUACAAGUGAGGAGGUUCGCAAGGCUGCUACAUUCAUACUGCAGACCUGCAAACAGGCCACCAUGUCCCUGGAAGUGCCUGGUCAGACAGUGAGACAGGGGGAGGGGGAAAAUGUGGACUCCAUUACGAACAUGGAAGGCUUCAGGGGCUCAGCCAGAGAGUUGCUGCGCAGGAUUGACCUGCUGGAGAAGAGACAGGGAAAGGAGGCUGAGGAUGAGCAGGAAGACACAGAGCCAUUAACUUCAAGUGAAGGUCUCGGCCAACCGCCUCUGCCUCUGCAGCAGAAGGAGAGCAUGAAAACCGUCCCCGCCGCAUACAGACAGAGCAGCACUCGCAAGAAUGUAGAAGCAGGGGGUGAACACAACAGUCAGCUUCAAACUGCAAGGAAUGUGGUCAAGAGUAAGGAUGACAGUGAACUGAAGCAAGUGAGCUCCCAUUUAAGUAUGCAGAGAGAGAAGGCUGGAAGCAGUGGAGGGUCUGUGUGGUGUUUGGUGUGCAACGGUACUGGAGCCCUAAUGUCCUCCCAUCCGCAGUCACUAGAGGGAGGCAGAGAGCCGCGUACAGCAGACGAAUGGUUGUUUAAGCCCCCAGCAUCAGUGAGGCCCAGUGCAGCAGAAGAGAUCAAGUGUUCUGAUGAAGAAGAGUUGCAGGACUGUGAGAGGAGCAUGGUGGGGAAAAGCCGAGUGGAGGAACACUCACUGUCUCGUAUCCGGUGUGCAGGUUGUGUGUUGCCGUUUGAGGAGGUGACCAGUCGCACUUUUGCGUCGCUGCAAAGCUCCUGCCACCACAGCUGUGACAUGCACACGGUGCUCCGGGAGGCCACGGAGCGGUUCAGGACUCGUCACUGCAACCUUCUGCUCAGGAGAGAGAACCACGUGGACGCCGAGCGGGCAAACCCAGACCAUGAGAGGGCUUCAGCUGCAGAGCCACAGAGAAGCUGGGGAAACUGGAGGGAGGUCUGCCUGACUCCCAGACGUAAAGAAGCAGGGAAAGGCCAGAGCUCCCUGCCGGAACAUCACAGGAAGAAGCACAGUGGCAUCGCUUUGACUCCACUGCGUAGAGGAGCUAAAGAGGGGACAUUGACCCCUCAUAACACGACCGAGAGAAGAGGAGGGAUUCAAAGUGGACGUCACACUGCUGAUGAUGAGCCGAGGACGAGCACGGAGCACUGUUCCACUAGGAGGAGGAGGAGGACAGACUUCAGCAGGGAGGAGGUGCGUUACCUACUGUGCGGUGUGAAGACUUUGGGUUUCUCCUGGAACUCCAUCCUGUGGUCGUACCCCUUCCUACCUGGACGCACCAAUGUUGACCUGGCCAAGAAAUACAGGCGGCUAAUGGUAACAGGAGAAAGUCUGCCCUAAGUGAGACAUUUGAUAUUUUCCAUUAGAAAUGUCAAAUUGCAUUUAAGUUCGCUGCAGAAAGGGGAAGUCUUCUGAGAUCCUGGGCCAGCCGAUGAAUUAAUGCCUCCUGUUAGUAAUAGCUUUGACUUUCUUCACACUGUAUUUAUUGGAAAUAAUCCAAAUAAGCGUUUACCUAAUAUAUUAACAUAGUGUACUCUCAGUAUUUAUUAAGAUUUUUAGUA